AUGAGCACUUAUUUUGCAUUUGUUAUCGUUAUUUUAGCAACCACACAUAUCACCAAUGCUAUUACUCAGAACUCAGUUAUCAAUUGCACAUGGCCUUGCUUUGACGAUGCUGCCAGAUGUGUUGUUACCCCUGAAGGUGCGAGCUGUCAAAUCGCUCAAGGUGAUAGCUGGAUCCUCAGUUCCCCAGAGAAAGCUCCUGUGUUCACAGGCUCUUACGUUUCCAGAAUAGCACUGUCUUGCAUCCCAGCCCCAAUCCCACAAUUGCCUAUGGCUACUCAGAACACUACCGUCAAUUCAAAUCAAACCGUCAUUGAAUGGCCACCAUGGAAUCUGCGAAGACCAUUAGAUACGUAUCUUGGAAAUUGUGGCCACGGUCUCUACUGCUCCUCAGUGGACAAAGAUGCCAAUCUCCCUGUUUGUCGUCAACGAUUAAGCGUGGGUUCCACAUGUCAAUCCUCGAAUCAAUGUCAUUAUGGCUUCUGUAGCGAUUACAUUUGCCAUCCCAAGAAUGAAAGCCCUACCAAUGACGGUCAUACCCAUCAUUCAGACAAUAAUAGUCGCAAUAGUGAUCAUAUGAAUAGUAAAACCGUUCAAAUUUUGGCCUCUGUCUUUGGUACUGUAUGUGCUCUGUUAUUCGCCGGCAUCGGCUUCUUUAUGUAUCGUCGUCAUCGACGCAGAUCUAUCAUCAAUCAGCAACCUCCUGUCUAUUCAACCUCCAACAACACCAUCAAUAACAGCUCUACCUCCUUUAGUGUCAAUGCCGUUCCAUUUAGCAGCACCGGUUACAAAGAAGAGCAGUUUGCCUCUGAUUUCUUACAUGAGGACAAGCAACAUGUUGCCCCCCCUCCAGUCACCAUCAAUGACAACAAUGCUAUGAGAUACGGUCAAGCUCAGGCCGACUAUGAUGAUAAUGGCAAUGAUCUUCUUAAACCACCUCCCUCCUACAGACCGUAA